CUUUCAGGUAUAAAGGGCUGCCCCUCACCUCUUCCUCUCUCCUGACUCUUGCCUCUCUCCAAGUUCUCAGUUCGCUCUGAAGCCCAAGUCAUCAUCAGAAAGCCGCUGAAUUGAAGAAGAAAUGGCAUCAAAUGCAGCAGUGCCAUUUUGGCGUGCAGCAGGGAUGACAUAUAUUACUUAUUCAAACAUAUGCGCAAAUCUGGUAAGAAACUGCCUCAAGGAACCUUACAAGACUGAAGCCCUGAAUCGUGAGAAGGUCCAUUUUGCCAUCUCCAAGUGGACUGAUGGGAAGCCCGAAAAGCCCACUAUCCGUUCAGACACAACAGAUGAUUGAGCCGUGCAGUUGAUCUUCCAAGCAUUUCUAGUUGGCAGAGAGAAAUAUCUCUGGUGAAUGGUUUGUUCCUUUUUUUUUUUGUUAAUUUUCUGUAAUACUUAAACUGCCCGGACAUGAUUUCUUAUUAUGCAGUUCUAUUGCACUUGGUAAUAAUGUAAUUUGGCCACACUUCUGUUAUUCUCUCUUGGUCAUGUGUGGAUUUUUGAACUAAUCCUUAAUGGCAUUGUUCCAUUUCCUGAGGCAGUUUUUAUCAAUUGGUACUGUUUUCCCCUCCCAUUUUGAAAGAUGACCAUAAAUAUUUGUUUGAUAAACCAACUUCACUGAUAUCUGCUGCAAGUUCCAAGCUCCAUUAGUUAAAGAACAAAGGUUCGUAUUUGGGACUGUAAGGGGCAAGGGACGCUGGUGGUUUCCACUCAUCAGAACUGAGAGAGAAAAUCACAACAACAAUCAGAGCAUGAAAAUCCAAAUUUCAAUUUUUUUUUAAACAUUUAAUGAUCUUCUAUAGACAGUUGCAUUUUGCAGCAUUAUGUAGUUGAGUUUGCGAAAUAUAAGGUGAUGCAGACCUUGUUUCCUUCACUUCCCCAGCCUGUGCAUAUUCUUUUUCAGUGCUAAUAGUGAUGCAGAGGGAGGGGCAGAGAUUGAUGCCAAUGAGCUUUGUUAGAACCAGCUCGGGAGCUUGCAACAGAAGAUUGGAUUUGGAGUGGUUUUAGACUCU